AUGGGAAGUUUGAACGACAACUGGUCCUGUAACGGAGACAAAAAAGUACAAUGGGCAGAAAACUUGGAGGAGGUUCGUUAUUAUGUGCCUCCAAACAACUUGCGAAAGAGCUUCAAGAAAAAGAUGACGAAAAUACGACGCAAAGCAAGCGAAAUCACGGACAAGCCGCUCCGCAUCAUUACAAACAUGGGUGAACUCAGUGCGAACGCUGUUCAUAACGGGCUGGAAUUUAUACUUCGACAUGGGCAAAGUGGUUCAUUUGACGCCGACCGUGUUACAUACGAAGAUUUGAUCAAGGAAUGGGAUGAGCUCUUUGAAAAUUUUGCUGGUGCGAAUGAGGAAUCUACGGACGAUGAUGAUGAAGAUGUAAAUCAAAAGUAG